ACUCAGAGGAAGAGCACGUCUUUCACUCCCACGCUGCUUACAUCCGCGAUCUGAAUAAUCCCGCAUUUACACCCAAGAAACAUCGCCUCUCUCACUCUGGUUACACUUAGGAUACUCAUCUAGUGUACCUACACCCUGGAAACACCCUCAGGCACGGAGACUGCGACCAUAAAUCAUAAUUACCGUAGAUAAAAGCUGAUUGAUGGUGGUUCGGACCCUAUGAUUUACCACUAUAAUAAUUCCUAGUGCUUUGAAACAAGUUCUAUGAGUCCCUUUCAAUCUGCCUUGUUAACCCUGAGCCAUUAGUACAAGUGGUAGUUUGAAGAGAAAGUAAAAAAAAAAAAGUAAAAAAAAUCCAUCAAUUUGAAGCAGUGGAUGAAUGAUAUCGUCCUACAGUGAUUGAACAAAAAAUAUCAACUUUUUCACUCUCUGGGUUGUAACUUUCCUCAGAGUUGUGAUUGAAAUACCGAGACCCAUUUUUUUUUUGUCUUAGCCGUUAUUUAGUAAUGUUAUGAAGACUUGUUUUGGCAGGAACUUGAAGACUUUGUCGGAACACAUGUCUAAGAUCUUCAGAAAAUGACGCGAAACUAGAACCGGGUCAAGACAAUGAUAUCCCCGACGGUGGUGACGCUGAUGCUGGUGACCUUACUAGGGUCAGACCUGGCACUGUCAGGGGGACAGGUGCAGCAAGUGAGGAAGGAUGCAGUACACGAUAAUGGAGUCCCUGAGGUCCUGCCCUAUACUACCACUCACCUACAGCAACCUGAAGUCCUCCCCUACACCAGCACCCACGUACAGGAACCUGAAGCCCUGGCUUACACCAGUACCCACCAACAGGAACCUGAAGCCCUCCCCUACACCAGUACUCGCUUACAGGAACCUGAAGCCCUGGCCUAUACCAGUACCCACCAACAGGAACCUGAAGCCCUGCCCUACACCAGCACCCAUCUACAAGAGCCCGAAGCCCUCCCCUACACCAGUACCCACGUACAGGAACCCGAAGUCUUCCCCUACACCAGUACACACGUACAGGAACCUGAAUCCCUCCCAUACACAGGUACCCACCUACAGGAACCAGAGGGAUACAGGAACACCCACCUACAAAGCCCCAAAGCUCUGAGGUACUCGAAUGAGCAAGUAGGAGAACCAGAACGCUACAGAGGAACCUAUGUACAAGAGGAUGAGAGCUACAAGAACCCCCACCUACAAGAACCUAAGGCUCUAGCUUACACCAGCUCCCACAUACGAGAACCUAAAAUGCACAAGAACGCCCACUUGCAACAACCUACAGUUGGGGGGUACAUGGGCGCCCACUCGCUUGACCCUAAAGAUGAAAGAGAACUCCACCCACAAGAUUUUGAAGCUCCAGCGUACACGAGGACACAUGUGUACAAACUUAAGGGCAACAGGGAGCACCGCCUACAGGAGCAAACUAAAGGCCUAGGCUACAAGAGCGCCCAUGUACAUCAUUCAAAAGGCAACAGAAACACCCACGUACAAAAACCAAAGGCCCUGGCGUACAUGAACACCCACGUACAAAAACCAAAAGCCCUAGCGUACACCAGCUCCCACGUACAAGAACCAAAAGCCCUAGCGUACACCAGCUCCCACGUACAGAACUCUGAGGCCCUUAGGUACAUGGAACCACUCCAACUACAUGAACCCGACAAGCCGUACUUCGAUUACCACGAGUCUGCCAACGUGACGGCUCUCCUGGGCAAGACGGCCGUCCUCAACUGUAGGGUGAAGAACAUCGGCAACAAGACGGUGUCAUGGGUUCGUCACAGAGACAUUCACCUACUGACGGUGGGGCGGUUCACCUACACGUCAGACCAGCGGUUCUCAGCACGUCACUCAGCCGGUUCAGAAGACUGGCUCCUGAUGGUUCACUACCUGCAGGAGCGAGAUGCCGGCCCCUACGAGUGCCAGAUCUCCACCACACCACCUAUGAGUCACCUGAUUCAUCUGGCUGUUGUAGAGCCAGAGACAGUCAUCCAGGGAGGACCAGAUGUUUACAUAAACACGGGGAGUCGACUGGCUCUUACCUGUAGUGUCAAAUACAGCCCCGAGCCACCUGCCUUCAUCUUCUGGUACCACGACGAUAAGCUGGUGAGUUACGAGCGUCGGCCUGGUGAUGUAGUAGUGAGCACCGAGACAGGGUCGGUCACCACGUCGAGGCUGUUGGUACAGUUUGCUGAGCCGCGUCACACAGGUCUCUAUACCUGCUCCCCUGCUAACUCAAAGCCCCAGAGUGUUAAUGUUCACGUCAUUGCAGGUGAUCAGCCAGCGGCCAUAGUGCACGAGAAUAACAGCGGUGCGGGGACGUUACUGAUCCCCUUCCACCGCUCUGUCUUCCUCAACCUCCUCACCCUCCUCACCCUCCUCUUCCUCCUCACGGGGGAAUGGUGAGGGUAGCUUCCUGGAUCCAUAGUCUUCUUUCUAUAAUUUUUCCUCUCUUAAUUUUUUUUUUUUACGAGGAAUGGUAAGGAUUUCCUCCACUUCCUUCCUCCUGCUCCUCCUCUUCCUUCCUCCUUCUCUUCCUCCUGCUCCUUUUCCUUCCUCUUCUUGCUUCUCCUCUUCCUCCCCCUUCCUUUCCACCCGUUACAUACACCUUUGAGGCCAACUGCUGGACAUGUGCACGAAGAUAUGUGGACAUGGAAGUGUACAUACUGGAUACGUACACACCCACCUCAGCUACCUACUUCUGGAUACGCACGCGGGAAGAUGUGGUCAUGUACUUAAUAGGAUAUGCACAAGACGCUCCUAUAUGGCCUACUUUUGGACAUGUAUAUGGUGAUAUGUGAACAUUUAUGUGUUGAUGUAUAUAUAAGUACAUAUUAUACCGAAUUCGUUUCUGAUGUCCAUUUUUAACCAAGGAUAUUAAAUGAUUGUAUCGACAUAUACUGUACAGGUAGACAUUUAGCUCCCGUUGUCUAAAAUCCACUUCUGGACAUGAAUUCAAGAUGUGGACACGUCGAGUGGGAUACAUUAAUGGGACAUGCGUGUUUGGGUGUUUGUGAAAGUGUAAAAGUGCACUCUGUGUUGUGAAUUAUGAUGACGUCACUUCCGUAAACAAAAGAUCCUCGCAUGUAUGACGCCACCUAAAGAAAUGAGCAUCACAGUGUCUGACGUCAUAUACAUGUGUAAGUGAGCAUCACAUCUGUGACGUCACCUAAGCAAAUGAACAUUGGUGAAUAACAUUAUCUGUAUAAACAAAUGAGCAUCAUAGAAUAUGCAAGGCGUCACAUUACAGAAACAAGUGACUAUCGCAGUGACGUCACAGAGAUAAACAAAACAUGACCGUAGCAUCAACUAUUUCUUCUUCCUCUGGAAAGUACUGUAAUAGUUCAUCGAUAAAGAAAGGUUUUGUACGUAACAUAAGAUUCUCAAUUGACUUAUGACGACACGAUAAUAAAAAAAAAUGAGGGUGAAAAACCUACCUGAAAAAUUAAUGUAAAUAUUACUAAUGUCAACAACAUGUGGCAGUAGAGUAAGUGAUAAAUGACCAGGACACGAUGUAAUAAAUGUAGGCCUAUCUUGUUUUGGGGUUUCUACUUAUACGUUCAGACAUCUUGAGAAAAUAUAAAGUUGCGACUCGAUUUCUUUUACACAAACUGUUCUUUAAUUGAUGAAGUGAGAGAUAAUGAUAUAGAUAACACUUAAAGACAUAUAAUUGUAACUGACGCUGUAACUUUAAUGUCUUGUGUAACAAAUGUAUUAAUUUUAUGUUUAUUAUGUAUUUUGUAUUUGUAUUUAUACGUCUAAAGAAACAGAGUUACGUAUUACAGGUAUGUUUUAUAACACCUGUGAAGGAUAAUUUUGACAUACAUACAUACAUACAUACAUACAGACAUACAUACAUACAUACAUACAUACAUACAUACAUACAUACAUACAUACAUACAUACAUACAUACAUACAUACAUACAUACAUACACACAUACAUACAUACAUGUGUGUCCACGAAAAUUUGACCUCUGAACCACGAGUCGAGGCCUUAUAAAAUUGACCCCUGAACCAUAACCGAGAGCUAAAAAUUGGACCAUUGACCCAAGAGGUGUCAAGGAUGUGAACUUGACCUGACCUGACCUGACCUGACCUGUGUACAGUCGCUGUAGAUAGCUUGUGUUAGGGAUAGAAUUACUGGUUGGUCAUAACUACCUUGUCAAGUGUGAAACGAUUUUGCCAUGAUUUGUUUUAAGUCUUGUAAUUUUAAGACGAGCUUUAAUUAUUUUUUCUUCAAUUUUCCCUAAAUUUCAAAAGGCUCAAAUUAUUGUCUUAACGUUUCUUGAAUAUAAUAAGAUUUAUUUUGUAUUAUUUUAAUUAUUUUCUAAUGUAAUAAAAGCAAUUUAUUUUAAUUUAUUAUUUUGUAAAAGUAACAAUAUUUCUAUAUUUUUCCUCUUUUAAAUCGUCUUUUAAAUUAAUUAAAUAUCAUUAUCAUUGUAUAUUUAAUUUAAUCUAAACAAAUUAAUGACUUCGUGACCAACAAUAACAAAAUUACUCAUUAAUAUUUUCACUUACUUUUACACUAUAACCUACAGUACUCUUACACUUCACCUUACACUUCAAAACCAAUUCUAAGUUAAAAAAAAAAAUAAAAUAAAUAAGAAUAACCAGGCUUUUCACUUUGAGUGUGGCAGCAACAUUACGACUACACAAUUCACAGUCUGGGAAUACAACUGACAUUGUGUAUUUCCCGAGAGGCUAAAGAGAAUUACUCGUGUUCAGAGUUUGUGCCAGAACUUAUAAGUGUAUUUACUGUAUUUUGUGAGGGUACAGUAAAGUGGCACGGUACUACGACGUGUUGUAAGUAAUUUAGUCAUUUACUUAUUCACUUAACAGAAUACUUACAUGAUUUAUAUUAACCGUACUAUACGUUGUAAGUAAUAUAUUUAUUGAUUUAAUUAAGGAACUACUUAUAUGAUCUGUUGAUUGUAAUUUAUCUCUUUACUUACGAGAUAAUUUAUAUGAGUAAUAAUUUUAAUACUUGUCUCAGUGUUACUAGAUAAAUAAUAAGUAAUUUAUUUAUCUAAUUAUAUAGUUUAUGGAUAUAUUUAAUUAUUAUCUGAAAUAUAUAUCUCCUUAUAUUAAAAAAUACAUAAUAUACUUAAAUAAUACUUUUAAUAACUCUAAUAGUAUGUUAUGAGAAAAGAAAUUAAAAUAAUCUUUGUUGUAUAAUUAUUUAAGACUCAGUAAUUAACACAAAUUAAUUAAGAUUCAAUAUACAAUUAACAAUAAUUAAUUAAAAGACUCCAUAAAUAACAUAAAUUAUUUAAAAGUUUACAUAAUUACCAUGAACUAAUUAAUCUCAUAAUUACAAUAACACCUGUAAACCGUUUACCUUCCUGAACAACCUGUAAAUUACGUACCAUUCUACAAGACUCAAUUAGCUCACGUGUAAAUGGUCUAUCUUUGUGUAAACUAAUAUUUACAUUUAACCAAGUAGAGUUGUAAAUGGAAUGUAGUUUACAGCACAAAGUAUAACUGACCUUCUAUCUUCUGUUUACACCUGUUUACAUUUUGGUUAACAGUAAACUCUCUCAUAUUGUUUACAUAUAGCUUGAUCUCCUGUAAAUAUUGUAAAUAAAUGUAUUUGUCCAAUUAUAUAUUUUUGUAAAAUAAAGUAACAAUUUGG